ACCCGCGGGGCCGCAGAGCAGAAGCGCCUCGCCGCCCGCGCUGGCUAAUGACCUGCGCCAGAAUGAUACAGAUCUUGGACCCAAGACAUUUGCCCACCUCUAUGAUGCCUGUUGAUGUGGCCAUGAGAAUAUGCUUAGCCCAUUCUCCACCUCUGAAGAGUUUUCUCAGUCCCCUUGAUGACUGUCAAAGAAACAACUUUGUUAACAGAUUCAAGCCUCUAAGGCCGUGUCUCAAUUUGAAACGAGAAUCUGAGUCUCAGAGCAACAACUGGAACCGUUCACCAAGCCGAGCCAAAAAACGAGUUGUGUUUGCGGACUCAAAAGGGCUUUCUCUGACCGCAAUACACGUCUUCUCUGAAUUCCAGGAGCAUCCUAUAUGGGAUUUGCAGUUCAACUUGUUAGAUCUUGAGGACAUAACAGCCAGUUUAAAACUACACGAAGAGAAAAACUUGAUUCUGGGUUUCUCUCAGCCUUCAGCCGACUAUUUAGACUUCCGGAAUCGGUUGCAAAAGAACUUUGUCUGCCUCGAGAAUUGUACACUGCAAGAAAGGGCAGUAUCAGGGACAGUGAAAGUGAAAAAUGUCAGCUUUGAGAAAAUGGUUCAGGUUCGGAUUACCUUUGAUACAUGGAAAAGUUACACCAAUGUUGACUGCGUCUACAUGAACAAUGUGUAUGGAGACUCCGAUAGUGAUACCUUCUCAUUUGCCAUUGACCUGCCUACAGCCAUUCCCACUCAAGAGAAGAUUGAAUUUUGCAUUUCUUACCGAAGUGGAGAGCACAUCUUCUGGGACAAUAAUGAGGGUCAGAACUAUAAAAUUCUCCAUGCAGAAUGGAAACCUGAUGGUGUCCAAGUACCAGCAUCUACCAAGAAGGACCGUGCCAUUGACAACAUUCCAAGGAAAACACCAGAAAAAGAAGCUGAGCGGUUUGGACGUCCAAGGAUGUCCAGUGGUCUCCUUCCUGCAUGGCAGAGUUGGGGCAGAAUUGAAAACUCAGCCCCAUAUUGGUGAUAAGUUACAAGACAAUGAACAUUCCUGCUUUCAACAACUGAAGAGUGCUAGUCUGCCUGUGCUUCACACAGUACAAAACCUCUGAGUAGGUUUUGAUUCUUCUUUCAAAUCGAAAUUCACUUCUACUUGGGCCUUAAGUUUUGUUUCUGUGUGUAUGAAGUUUGUUUGUAUCCAUCUUUUCAGGCAAAUGACCAUCUUAACUUCUACGUUUUCUUUCUUUUUCUUUUUGUUUUUUUUAAGAACUUCACAGCCCAAAAUCUUACCCAUGGAUAAACAGAAGCCCAUUUUUAAAAAGGAAAAGCAAGCCCUUCAGUUUGUUACCUACUGUAUAUAUAGCAUGCCUACGUUAAACAUACUAAACUUUUUCUGAUAUUUACUUGCCUUUAAUCAUUAGGUAAGAAAGACACUAGUGAGGAAGUACAAAGUGCACGCAUCUUAAGAAGUGUGGGGUAUGUGAACAGAAAGACGCAAUAUUUUCUGUUCAUAAUAUAAUAUGUAGUAGAGAAGAGGUAUUGCUGCUGAGACUGGCCCUUGUCAUGACCCUCUCUACAUCCUCAUGGAAACAAAGUGCAAGGUUAGGAUUCUGUAACAAACACAAGACAGGGAGUAUGUUUUUUGUGGGGAGAUGGAUAAUAGAGAAGUGAGAGAAGGGGAAGAGGUAAGAUGCACUGUGUAUUUUAGAAGUCACAGAACUCUUUGAAAGCUGGUCUUCCAGAAACCUGUGGAAAGUUUAAGGGGUGAAAAUGAGCAGUAAAGUAAAUGCAGUUAUCUUAAAUGGCAACCUUUUUGUUCAGACUACUUCUGUUAUGCAAAAUAAGUGAUAGAGUAAAGAUGGGGUGGGGUAGGAGGAAAUGUUGAGUUUGCCAGUUUUGUCUUGUAAGUGAUACCUGUUUUACACCAUGGGCCCUCACUUGUACCCAUGCCUUACCAAGUGGAAGUUAGCUUUCUCCAUUUUAAAAGUAAACUGGGCCUUUAAAAAUCCUCAUGGAUGCCAUAAUUAGUGUCUGAUAUAUUAGCAGGCCAAGUGGUUUAUGAAGUGCCCUAAUCUGUAAAUGUAUUAAAUCUGAUGAGUAGUCUACUGAGCUAGUCUUACAACUGUGACUCUUAGUGUCCUGUUGCUUAUUGCAGAGUGAAUAACAAUUUCCUUCAGAAAUAGCUUCUCAAAGCACUAAGCUUAGGCAACUGAACUCCUUCAUAUUGAAGAUGGUGAGUUAGCUGCAUGUCUUAAAGGCCAAAUAAAAAAAAAAGCAGAAUUGCCACUAGUUUUCUUUCAAGAAAAUAUAUGAAUAGUUAAAAUCUUGCACAUAAGUAGUACAGUCUAUUUUCUCAUACCUCACUUUCUUUGAAGUUGAAAUGUUUGAUUAAGGAUUUGAGCAAGCCAGUGUAUUUUUGUAAUUGUAUGCUUAUAGCAAAGCUACCCAAGCUAUCAAAUUGGAAAGAUUUAUUCUCCUGUGAGACAGAAGUGGGAGAAACUAAGAAUGUAUUGGAUUGGACAAAGCAAUCUAAAAAUACUUACAACAUAACACACACUAAUCCAUGCUUGCUUAUUAAGUAUGCAGAGAUGAUGAUUGGUAUGAAAAUACAAGUACUGUUUAUGUUCAACUGUCAUUCAAAUAUGGAGCUUCAGAGCUGGAAACUACUUGCAAUGCAAUGUAAAUGUAAACAUUAAGGUGAAACAAGCCUCUUCUGCUAUAUCAUAUUUUCUACUGUCACUGUACUAUGUAAUGUAGUUUAUUUUAUGAAUAAAUCAUAUUUUGAUA